UAUUACUUAAUCACUCUAUAGACCUAUACAUUUGUUUAAAUCGCUACAUUCAUCUAAGAAGACCUAUUCAUCAACGCCGUAUCGGAGAACUGUUACUUUGAUCCGACAUUUCUUGUCACACCUGCUUUAUCGAUAAGCUGGUCAAUUUCCAUUCAACGGAACUUGAUGCGACGAGCUUCAUCACGAGCACCGAUUGCGCAAACCAAGACAAAAUGCAGCCGACAAGGUGUCUAUUGAAAGGCCGAUCGGUCUGGAAGGGUCCUCACAUUGUACCCCUUCCUAUAGUUCGACCCGCCCCCGGCCAACGCGUAAAGCCCAUCCGAACACAAGCCCGCGCCGCCACCAUCCUACCCAGUUUCGUCGGUCUGAAAUUCCAAGUCUACAACGGCAAGGAUUAUCUUGAUGUCGAAAUCACCGAACAAAUGGUCGGUCACAAGCUUGGCGAGUUCUCUGUGACAAGAAAACCCUUCAUCUGGGCACGCGCCGCAAAGUAGAAUGACACGACAGCACGGAGACGAUAGUGAAAAUGCGGUGGAGGACAUACCCCGGCGCUUAUGGGCAUUUGGAGGGACACAUUUUACACUUCAGGCAUCACACGCAUCAAGCAAAUGUAAA